AAAACGUUUUGGAACUGGACAGAGGUGCCGGUUGCACAAUACUGUGAAUGUACCGAAUGUCACUGAAUUGGACAUUUUUAAUGGUUAAUUCAAAGUUACAUGAGUCUUACCUCAAUAAUAAAAAAAAAAAUUGGAAGAGGGAGAAGUGGGAGGGGAGAAAGUGGGUCACAUCCAACGACCAUGAUUCUCUGGCCCCUGCUUGCCCCCUGUUAUAUAACAGCUUUAUUGUCAUCAUCUCCCAACAGCUGAUGUCGAUUUGUUUACUAGAACGUAAAAGAGGGCUGUGAGAUUCCAUCCUGUCUCUAGUACUGGUGCUCAGUAGAUGCUGGAAUGAACGAAAGAAUGGUGGCGGGGGUGGAUGGGAUGGAAGGUCAGGUGGGCUUUUGGAUAUUGGGGGUGGAAGGGGCUGCCGGUUUGGAAUCGUUGGCUGAGGAUACAGGGAAAUGGAUCUGAGGAUCAGGAAAAGCCUGGGUUCCUGAUGGUCAAAGGCCUGCAGGAGAUGAGGACAUGAAGGCACCUGGGAACAACUGCUUUUCCCUGGUUCUGCUGAGUGCAGAAGAAGAGGUAGGCUGUGAGGUUGAGUUUGUUGCUACAAGUUGGGGAUUUUGCUGGGUGAUUGCAGUGGAAAGACAAGGAUUUAGGGGAGAAGAGGGCAUUGGUGAUAAAUAGUUCAGGGAGGUGAGGGAAUCUGGGAGGGGUCGGCUCUGGACCUGGAGAAAAUGGAAAGAAGUGAUCCCAGGACUCUAAGACGUGAAGAGCAGGUCGUCAUUGUUGGGAGUGGAGACCGGGACAGCUGACCCGAACAAGAAGAGGUCAGGGGUGUGGGUCAGGUGGAGUGAAGGUGAUGGUCACUGGGCUCCAGGGGGUCACAGUGUUGCAGGCCCAGGGCAGUGAUUUCCAAGAUUUGGUACUCCGGAUAACCUUUUGGGAUAUGGGAAGAAAAUAUGAAAACUUUAACUUUGUUUUUUUCCCUUAAAAGUUAAGCACUUAUGUUUUAGUAAUAUUUACACGUUUAUUAUUUUUAAAUAAAUGAACAUAUAUGAGGGGUGCAUGCUCGCUUUUUACUAAUGGGAUGUGUGGCCAAAAUAGUUGUGAAGAACUUAUUUACGAAACAGGAACAGACUCACAGACUUCAAAAACAAACUUAUGGUUACCAAAGGGGAAAGAGGGGGGAGGUGAGGAGGGAUAAAUUAGGAGUUUGAGAUUAACAGAUACGCACUACUAUAUAUAAAAUAAUCAACAAGGUCCUACUGUAUAGCACUGUAUAGCACAGGGAGCUCUACUCAGUAUUCUGUAAUAAGCUAUAUGGGAAAAGAAUCUGAAAAAUAAUAAGUAUAUGUAUGUAUAUGUAUAACUUAAUCACUUUGCUCUACACCUGAAACCAACACAACAGUGUAUUGAUAAAUCAACUACACUCUAAUAUAAAAUUAAAAUUAAGUUAAAAAAACCCGAACAACAAAAAACCAAUAGUUGUGAAGGCGACUGGUUUGGGAAGUUGGCAGGCCUGGGAUGAUAUCUUUGGGAGUGAUGUCACAUGGGAGACCAGGCCACAUGGCUUGCUGAAACAGAAGCCCCGUGUCUCCUGUGUCUGUCACCAUUCGCCUGGUUGACCAAAUAAGGGUAUCUUCCAGAAAGGGCAUGAGUUUUCCCUGGAGUCACUGGCUCUGUGCAAACCCAUUAUGCACUGUGGAUCACCUUUUAAAAUUGAUCACAACCCAUUUGCCGAAUAUUCCUUGUAGAACCUGAAUACUCAUCAAUGUCGGUUGUUUCUGGAAUCCAUCCCCAACCUCCAACCCAGUGUUUUUUGAAAGUUGGACCUUUUUCUUCUGACUUCCUGGAUAUUCAUUAAUAUUCCCCCCCUCCCCUCAAGAGAUUAUGACCUAGGGGAGUUUUUUUAGGAACCUGGGAUAACGUUUUCCUGAAUCUUGCUAUCUGAAUUGAAAGGAACUCAAGAUCUGAGGAGUCAGGGGCAGGAGAAAUAGAGUGUGGUCCUGAGCAAAGGCAAUCUGGCUUCCAAUUCUGACUGCUGUUAUGAGCGAUGUGCUUCUGGGCAAGUUGCUUAACUUCUCUGACAGCUGCUUUCAUUUUAAAAUUGGAGAGGUGAUUUUCUAUCUGAUAAGGUUAUGGGAAAAAUUAAAGGAGUUACUGACACACGUGGAAGCCCCUAAGCUUGCGGGGACUCAAUAAACGCCAGUUCUUCCUCCUCCUGGGCACCCGUCGUCCCACCCCCAGUCUCCGCCUAUGCUUGCCUCUUGUACAUUUCCGCCCUGGUGGAGGAGACAGAUGAGAACAAAGGGUGAAUCGCUAAGACUUCCUGCUGAGCUGGUUUAAAGGAGUGAUUACUGCUCUGUAGUAGACAUUGGAGGCGGAUCCAUCAGGCCAUCAGGAUGGAAACGAGGAAAGGAAAUCGGCUGACGCAGGAGCCCGAGUGAGACGGAGAAACCCACAAGCCCAGCCUACACCAUGAACUUGUGUCUCCUUUCCACACUGUAAGAGCCCGGGGCAGGUGAAGUUGCCAGAGAGCAAUGGCUCUCUUUACUCCGUGGAAGCUGUCCUCUCAGAAGCUGGGCUUUUUCCUCGUGACUUUUGGCUUUAUUUGGGGUAUGAUGCUCUUGCAUUUUACCAUCCAGCAGAGAACUCAGCCCGAGAGCAGCUCCAUGCUUCGGGAACAGAUCCUGGACCUCAGCAAGAGGUACAUCAAGGCGCUGGCAGAAGAAAACAGAAAUGUGGUGGAUGGGCCCUACGCGGGGGUCAUGACAGCUUACGAUUUGAAGAAGACUCUUGCUGUGUUGUUGGAUAACAUUUUGCAGCGCAUUGGCAAGUUAGAGUCAAAGGUGGACAACCUCGUAAUCAAUGGCACAGGGACGAACUUGACCAACUCCACCACAGCUGUUCCCAGCUUGAUAGCACUUGAGAAAAUUAAUGUGGCAGAUAUCAUUAAUGGAGCUCAAGAAAAAUGCGUAUUGCCUCCUAUGGAUGGCUACCCCCACUGCGAGGGGAAAAUUAAGUGGAUGAAAGAUAUGUGGCGCUCGGAUCCCUGCUACGCAGAAUACGGAGUGGAUGGGUCCACCUGCUCUUUUUUUAUUUACCUCAGUGAGGUUGAAAAUUGGUGUCCUCAUUUACCUUGGAGAGCAAAAAAUCCCUACGAAGAAGCUGAUCGUAAUUCAUUGGCAGAGAUUCGUACGGAUUUUAAUAUUCUCUACAGUAUGAUGAAAAAGCAUGAAGAAUUCCGAUGGAUGAGGCUACGGAUCCGGCGAAUGGCUGAUGCGUGGAUCCAGGCAAUCAGGUCCUUGGCAGAGAAGCAGAAUCUUGAAAAGAGAAAGCGGAAGAAAGUCCUUGUUCACCUGGGCCUCCUGACUAAGGAAUCUGGAUUUAAGAUUGCAGAGACAGCUUUCAGUGGUGGCCCUCUUGGUGAAUUAGUUCAGUGGAGUGAUUUAAUUACAUCUCUGUACUUACUGGGCCAUGACAUUAGGAUUUCAGCUUCACUGGCGGAGCUCAAGGAAAUAAUGAAGAAGGUUGUAGGAAACCGAUCUGGCUGCCCAACUGUAGGAGACAGAAUUGUUGAGCUCAUUUAUAUUGAUAUUGUAGGACUUGCUCAAUUCAAGAAAACUCUUGGACCAUCCUGGGUUCAUUACCAGUGCAUGCUGCGUGUCCUGGACUCAUUCGGCACCGAACCAGAGUUCAACCAUGCCAACUAUGCCCAGCUGAAAGGCCACAAGACCCCCUGGGGCAAGUGGAAUCUGAACCCGCAGCAGUUUUACACCAUGUUCCCUCACACCCCAGACAACAGCUUCCUGGGGUUCGUGGUCGAGCAGCACCUGAACUCCAGCGAUAUCCACCACAUUAACGAAAUCAAGAGGCAGAACCAGUCCCUUGUGUACGGCAAAGUGGAUAGCUUCUGGAAGAAUAAGAAGCUCUACUUGGACAUCAUUCACACAUACAUGGAAGUGCAUGCGACUGUUUACGGCUCCAGCACAAAGAACAUUCCCAGUUACGUGAAAAACCACGGGAUCCUCAGUGGACGGGACUUGCAGUUCCUUCUCCGAGAAACCAAGCUGUUUGUUGGACUUGGGUUCCCUUAUGAAGGCCCGGCUCCCUUGGAGGCCAUCGCAAAUGGAUGUGCUUUUCUGAAUCCCAAGUUCAACCCACCCAAAAGCAGCAAAAACACAGACUUUUUCAUUGGCAAGCCAACUCUGAGAGAGCUGACCUCCCAGCAUCCUUAUGCCGAAGUUUUCAUCGGCCAGCCACACGUCUGGACUGUUGACCUCGACAAUCAGGAGGGGGUGGAGGACGCCGUGAAAGCAAUUUUAAGUCAGAAGAUUGAGCCGUACAUGCCAUACGAAUUCACGUGCGAGGGGAUGCUACAGAGAAUCAACGCUUUCAUCGAGAAACAGGACUUCUGCCAUGGGCAAGUGAUGUGGCCGCCCCUGAGUGCCCUGCAGGUAAAGCUUGCUGAGCCCGGGCAGUCCUGCAAGCAGGUGUGUCAAGAGAAACAGCUCAUCUGUGAGCCUUCCUUCUUCCAGCAUCUCAACAAGGACAAGGACUUGCUGAAGUACGAGGUGACCUGCCAAAGCUCAGAGAUGGCCAAGGACAUCGUGGUGCCCUCCUUCGACCCCAAGAACAAGCACUGUGUGUUUCAAGGUGACCUCCUGCUGUUCAGCUGUGCUGGCGCCCACCCCAGGCACCGGAGGAUCUGCCCCUGCCGGGACUUCAUCAAGGGCCAGGUGGCUCUCUGUAAAGACUGUCUCUAGCAGCCACCGGCUCGUCCCCGCACGCACUCUCCUGGGGAAGACGGUGGGCAGAAAUCAUUCGGGGACUUUCGCCAGAGCCUGAACUCUUUUGGCGGGAGGUCUCGAUUUGGUAUUGCUCCCGCUGCGGUCGGAGGAUCACAGCGGAAUUCCCACCAAAACAAAACGAGAGUCGACGUCAGGCCGGGGAGCCUGGCUUCUCCCUGGCACAAAUUCAUUUUUAAUCUUGGAGGAGCUACUGUAGGGAGACUGUCUAUGCAGCUGCUCCAGGGUAGAAAGAGAAUCUCAAGAUUCAUUUAAAUGAAACAAAACCAGAGGAGGAAUUGAGCUAGUUGGAAAGGACUUCGUAUGGGAACAUUCCUAAACCCAUUAACUUAUUUAUUUGGGAGGGAGGGAGGGGGAGCUGGGGAGGGCAGAGAGGGAUUGAUCACGUGUCUUGUAACUUCUUCGAUCUUCCUCUGUUGGCCAUCCACCUUCACUAUAAUAUUACUACUGUCUGCUUUGGGCAGGGUGCACUGUGGGGUUGGUGGCAUGUUUAAGGGCAGCUAUGGGGACCUAGCUCCUCGAAGUGGAUGGUGGCAGAACAGAACAAACCUUGUGUGCUUGCCACACGGCAGCUAGGGCACGGGCAGCCCCUGGCGUGCGGGGAUAUGCCUGUGUGGUCCAGAGAGCCCACAGGGACCAAAGAUGGGCUGCUUUGCAGCGAGAGGCUCCUUUCCUCUGUCCCACCCCAUCCCCAGCUGAAAACACACUCGCACCCAAACCCACACCCACACCCACAUACAACCUUGGCUGUAAUUUCUGGUUAGGAUUAGAAGAGCUACCCUUGGAGCUCUUGGAGGCCGUGCUCUUUGCCCCUUCAGAGAUUUGUCUUCAAGCUGAGAUUUGGACGGGAGUGAAGCUGGUCUUAGGGACCACCAGAGCUGGGUUCUGGACGGAUGGGCUCGUGUUGUAUUCCCUCUAAUGUCUGAUGUCACUGAAGUCCAGGGAAUGGGGCUCUUGGUGAACCUGAUGCCGGCUCGGGGAGCAGGGGCAGGCCAGGAUGCAUGUGCACUGUCCUGGCCCCUCACCUGUGAGUGUGGGUGCGGCGUGCAAGGGGCAGGAAUGUGAUGCUGGCUUCUACUCCAGGCACAGGUAUUUGUGGGGGGCGGGGGUGGUGAGCCACUUGGCAGGUUGGACCAAACCGUGGAGUCACCCCCCCCCAUCUUUUGUGUGAGUUCCCCCCGGUCCUGCACACCACCCCGUGCCUCAGUGCUGUGCGUGUAAGCAUGUAUGUUUCUGCGAUGCCCCUGGCAUCUCCGUACUGCUAAGAGCGAGCCCUCUUCUCUCUCUGGCGGAAUGGCCCCCUUAUGAGUUGUCCCGUGAUCCGUCCAGACCUCACUCAUGCUUCUGAGUGCCUUGGUCGCCGAGCAGAGCAGCUGGGCAAGGCUAAUGGCCUGGGUGGGCCUUCAGGACAUGAGGUUGAAGUUAGAAUUCUGCUUUCUGAGGACCAGAUGGAGUGUGGAGACUUGAGUUAUGGGAAGUUAGAUUCCGCCUGCUUCUAGAUUCUUCUUGGGUGUAAAAUUAAUAUCGAGCACACAGCCAGCCAUUUUUUCUUAGACCCUCUGUGGGUCUUAAUUGCACCUCCCAUCUUAGAGAAUGGAGGGAGGGAGGAAGGGCAGCCGGGGUCUCCCCGACCCCAUAGGUGGCCCACAUGUGCCAGGGAGAAUGCUGGCGGGGAGGUCUCUCUGCUCUGAGCGCGGAUGCAGGGGCCCGCCCGUCACAGCCUGGCUGAGAAGAGCAAUAAGGAUGGAGGGUGCGAGUGCCUGGGUGCCUUGAAGCUUUGCAAGGGCGGUUUCCCGCAGUGGGAGUGCCAUCCGUGCUGUGGGGAACUGCUUUUCCCUACAGAUGGGACUCCUGGCUGCAGCCUCGCUGGUGGCAAUUUGCUUGAGGGCCCAGGCCUGCAAUUCCUGGGCCGGUGCUGCCCUCUUCUGGGCUCUUCUGGGAGCUUCCAGUGCUGAGGACGUGAGUGCCGGCGUUUGACCAGCAGGGGGAGCCGGCGGGCCGAGACCAGUUUCCCACUCGGCCAGAUAAAGCCAUUUUGCGAGACAGCUGUUACAGCCAACCCAGGAACUCUGAAAGCAAGGAAGUUGGAAAGCCCUGUUCUCAGAAAGAUGCUGUGCCGGGCUUGUGUUCCAGAAGCUGCAGGAUUGUUUGCUGGCUGCCCCUGAGCUCAGGGACUCUCCGCCUUCUGGAGAAUUCCUCUUCUCCUCGUCAGGACUCUAAGGUCAGGCAGCCAGGAGAGCACCUCCCCAAUUUGAAGAUUCCUGUGGCUUCCCCCCAUUUCUAGUAAUGGAAGUAAGCCAGAGCUCUCUGCCUGCAGGGCUGCUGCUCCUGGGGCAAAGAAACCCACACUCCAGUUCUUGAGGGCAUUAUGAACAGAGGCGGCGACACUGAAUGUAUACUGGCUCUCAGGCCUCCACACACGUGGCCCAAGUCUGGUCAGCGACCCAAGAGGACAUUGGGAUAGGGACCUCCAUCUGCCCUGCACAGGAAGGGGUGCGAUUCCUGCCUGCCCUGGGAGAGGAAGGCACCUCUCAGAGUGUGGUCUGGGAGCCUUCGAUGGUUUUGCCGAUGCCAAUCUUAAUAGAAUCCUAAACCAACUAAUUGGUAAUUGAUGACAAUUCCACAGGGAGAGAAAUCCCCAAUCAGGAUUAGUGUCUUCUUGUGCUCUGAGCAUCUCUCAUCUCUUGCCUGGUCUUUAGUUUUCGUACAUUUUUUUCCUAAAAGAUUUGGGAUUUUUUUUUUUUUUUCCCCUCCACUGUGAUCCUAAGUUCUUAAAAAAAAAAAAAAAAAACUCGAGGGAAAACAUUUAAUUUAUUAAAGGAGAGAAAGCUUUCCUUUGAAAUGUAAAGACUUUCGGGAAUAAAAGUUCCUGAAAGGGGAAACACUUCUCCCGCCAGUAAACACCUCAUUUAUUUCUUGUAUGUAAUUCGAUUUGCACAAGUACAAUUGGAGAAGCUUUUUUUGCAUUUUUGCUUAGAUUCGGUUUUGUCACUGCUUAUAGUUUACUUUUUGUGUGUUUUGCUGUAUGUUUGGAGAUAUUUCUUUGGUGAUAUUUAUUUUUUCUCUGAGGUGCCUUUUCACUUUCGGGUUCGUUUUCGGAAUGUGGGGUUGGUUUUUGGAAUCUGGGUUUUGUUGAAGGAAGCUAGCAGACUCCUCCAGCUUGGAGAUAGGACAUGCCCUGGCAUCACUGCGGGCAACUCAGGCUGGGCGCCGGAAAUGCCCUCCAAGCCCCCCCCCGGGGGGCCAUAGUGUAGGGGCACAUACACCCCCAUGAAGCCAUGAGAACCCCCAAGGUCUGACUUCCUCCAGACCAGCCCAUACUUUCCCAGGCUGCUCGGCCAGGUCUUUGGGUUUGGGGACUGCUGGUUGACACGUGCCACCCCGGGAGCUUGGUGAGGUCUGGCUGCAGCAGAAAACCAGCCCUACCUGAGGGGUUGCGCUGAAGGGAAGCAGGCCCUGCUGAACUCAUGGACGCACUGGCCCAAAACCACUUCAUCUGGUUAGCAGGAUGAAGGGGAAGAAAUACGCACCCCCUUUUUUUGUUUCUUUGGCAAACGUGGGGUUCGAUAAAAGUGACUACUCAGCUUCCCGGUAAGCUCACUUUGGGGCGCCCCAGUGCAGCUCACUGGUAGUGAAGCCAUAGACAAAACUGUUCUGUUUAUGGGUGGAUUUGUGCUUUUUAGACCAGACCAAGGCAGGCCACCCCGUUCUCCGAGGUGGUUUACCUAGAUUGUGUAUUUAAUGGGAACAUUGCCACCCUCUCCCAUGCCCCCCGCAAUUCUUGAUUUAAAAAAAAAGGUCUGUUAACGACAGGCUCAGUUGUGUUACUCUCCCAUGCCUGGAAUGUUGUAUUUAUUGAAAAGUAUUUUCAUUUCUACACUGGCUUCACUCUAACCCCAUCCAUCCCUAUGGGGCUGCAGAGCACCUUUGUGUGAAGAGCUGGAUGGAUGUAGAGAGAUUCAGACUUCUUUAGGAAGGUAGGAAUUUCCUAAAGCACAGGGCGGGUUCCUUUCCUUCUUGUGGGCUUCAACAAAAAAAUGGAAAACCAAGUUUUUAUAGCAAAAGGCCAAAUUAGCUGUCUAGUGUCCGAUGCAGAAAAAAACUACCCUAGCUUUCUUAGCACUUAGGGUUUUUGUGAGGAUUCAGUUUAGCAGUGAAUUAGCAGUGUUUAGCAGUGUCUGGCAUAUAGUAAGCCCUAGUGAGUGUUAAAUAUUGUUGUUAUUCGCCUUUCGUAAAAUUCGAGAAAAAAGAGCUGAGCUCACUUCCUAUCCUUGAUUCAAAAGUAAUACCUACGGGAGAAUACUCCCAAGUUGAUAGAAUGUUGUAGGACGUAGUGGUGGAAGAUACCCGAGUCCUGUGUCCACCCUGCUGGUUAAAAUGCACUGACUGGAAAAUAUGCCUGACUGCAGCCCCAGAUGGAACUGGGCCACAAGAAUUAGCAAACUGAACAUAAGAGGGUGACCUCUGGCCACAUGCUGCAGACCGCACCCCACUCAGCUUCUGGAUCCUUCCAGGGUUUUGCUUUGCAGAACUUGGUGAGCUGGAAAUUAAAAUGAAUUCUCUGACAGACUGUCCCCUUAAAGUUACCCAUCUUUCUCUGAAAUGCAAUGAUAGAGGCGUUUCUGUUUUUUAUUGAAGGGGAAAGGAAUGACCAAUUGAACUUAAUCGCUCCCCAGGAAGCCCCUUUUGGCGCCCCCUGCUGGCCAGGGUGGCUCCUGCACUGUCCAGUCCAAGAGGAUCAGGCUCCCAGGCUGGUUAGUUGUCACGUUUCUCUCGCAUUAAAGGUUAUUCUAUGAGGGUGGCGGGGGCGUCUUCAGAGCUCCAAGAGGCUACUCGGGGCUUAAUGUUGUUUUCCCAGAUCACCUGAAUGUCAGUUCGCUUUUUUUUGGGCGGGGGGGGGGUUGGUUUCAGCCUCUUGCUUCCCUAGAUAGGUUUAGAGUUGUAUCUCCUCUCCUAUCUUGGCCCUAUUCUGCAUAGAUUGCAUUUGUGGAAAAUGGAGGACUAUGUUGGAGUCUGGUGUCUUUUUCAGAUCCUUUGGAUUCUCUUCAGCUGAAUCAGCAGUCAUUUAAGAUCGGAACUUACCUUCUUCGAAGCAUCAUUUCCUCUAUUCUUCCCAGAUCUUGUGGAGCCUUCAGAUUACCCCCCAGCCCCCCGCAUCUGGUGAGGCACGACAAAGGGAUGCAAGGGCAGCCGUGCGCUCGUGCGUCGGGCAGGGCCCCGUCUGGGUCCGUGGGGGGCAAGGGUGGUCCUGGAGGCUCAGAGCCUUUGUGGUGCUGGAGGGCUCCCUGGGCCAGCCGGCCAGGAACCUAGCACAGGCAGCCACCUCUGGCACAGCUGAGAUGGAGCAGACGUGGGAUGCCUUUGCUCACCGGCCUGCCCGGGUGAACAAGAGUGGAAGUCUAUGCCAAAGGAGAUGGUGACGUCCUUUCUGCUGUAGUUGCUGUCACAGCCUUGAUGUCUGUAAGCUAAUGGCCAUUCGCGUCUGUGUCUUCAGCCAGCUCCUGGUACAACCAUUUUCUACUGUUCACUUCUGGGGUUAAGUAGUGCGGGAUUCUGCAAAUAAGGUGUUGCUGUCAAAUGUACUGUACCGGCGUAGAGAGCACUGCUUUGUUUUCCACUGUUGUAGAGAAAACUAGGGAGAACUUUAUUUUUCAAUAAACUUUUCUUGUGUGA